AUGUCGCAACUGAGGUUUGUGGACAUUGGCGCCAAUCUGUUGGAUGAUAGAUUCACCAAGGGUGUGUACCACGAAAAGCCACGACAUGAACCUGAUUUCGACCAGGUGGUGGAACGAGCUGCCAAGGUUGGUGUCCGUCACAUUAUCAUGACAGCCGGUACGAUCGAAGAGUCUGCCAACGCUGUCCAGCAAGUGCGAAAAUUGCGACAAGCACAACAAUCUACGGGCAUUCACUUUAGCUGUACCGUGGGAGUGCAUCCCACUCGAUGUUUACAAGAGUUUGUACAAGGGGAGGACGACGACGAUGGGAAGGACGAUGAAGCCCGUUUGCAGCGACUCCUUGAAAUUGCCAAGGAUGGCAUGACAGACCAAUCAGUAGUGGCCAUUGGAGAAAUCGGUCUCGAUUAUGAUCGACUUCAAUUUACACCCAAGGAUGUACAAAUCAAAUAUUUUAUCCGACAAUUACAAGUAUUGGCAGCCGACACUGGCUUGCCCCUAUUCCUUCACAAUCGAAGUGUUGGAUCAGACCUCUACGAUUUACUCAAGGAACACCAAGAUUGUUGGACACGCGGUGGUGUCGUUCACAGUUUUGAUGAUUCUCACGAUUUGGCCAUGAAAUUCGUCAAUGAUCUGGGAUUGUACAUUGGCUUGAAUGGGUGCUCCUUGAGAGAAGGAACCAAUCUACAAGUGGCCAAAGAAUUACCAUUGGACAAGGUUCUCCUGGAGACAGAUUGCCCAUACUGCGAAGUCAAGCGAACCCAUGCAGGAUUUCACCACGUCAAGACAACAUUUCCAACAAAGCAAGAAAAGAAAUUUGAAAAGGGGGUGAUGGUCAAGGGACGUUGUGAACCAUGUCAGAUCAUUCAAGUGGCAGAAGUGUUGGCAGGGGUCAAGGAAAUACCGUUGCAAGAGGUGGCAGAUCAAUGCUUUGAAAACUCACUGAAGCUCUAUGGUUGGGAUGCUUGA